CGGAGCCUGUCGCCCCCGGGUUCAACGGGCGGGCGUCGGUAGGUGUUUGUCCUCCGUCCCCGGGGGUAUGGCUCUCCCGGCUGAGGGAGGCCGCCUGUCGCAGUGAGGUAUGACCAAGGGCUCCGCAGGGUAGCGCGGCAGAGGAGGCCGGGACGGAGGGGGCCGAGCGUGCUAGCGCAGAGGCGCAGCGGGGGCCGCGAGCCGCUGAGCCCACAGCGGGUGAGUGAAGACCAUUGCUAGGAAGAAUUCCGAAUCAAUGAUGAACACAAUGAGCAUGAAGAUGGCUCAGAUCUUAAGACCACAUCUAAUGAGCACUUCAUUGCCUCCUCAUGGGGUAAAAAUGCUUUCAGAUCCUGGAUCUAGGAUGCUCUCCACCCAUAAAUCCAAGAAGACGAUCAAGGAAUAUUACAGGCUGCUGAACCUAGAUGAGGGAUGCUCUGCAGACGAUGUUAGGGACUCUUUCCAUAAGCUUGCCAAGCAGUAUCACCCAGACAGCGGCUCUGAUAAGGCUGAUUCUGCAACAUUUAUAAAGAUCGAAGAAGCUUAUAGGAAUGUGCUUUCCCAUGUCAUAGAACAAACACGUGCCAGAGAGAACAAAGCUGAAGACACAGAAGAAGAAGAGGAAAAAUUCAAAUAUAGAACACCUCAGCACCGACAUUAUUUAAGCUUUGAAGGCGUUGGCUUUGGGACACCAAGUCAACGAGAGAGACAGUACAGACAGUUUAGGGCAGACCGUGCAACGGAGCAGGUGAUGGAAUACCAAAAGCAGAAACUCCAGAGGGAGCACUUUGCUAAUAGCAUAACUGUCCAAGACGUAAGACAGAGCAAAGAACGAAAGAUAACUCAAGCCAUCGAGCGCCUGGUGGAGGACCUCAUUCAGGAGUCGAUGGCAAAAGGAGACUUCGACAACCUCAGCGGGAAAGGAAAGCCUCUGAAGAAGUUUUCUGGCUGUUCGUAUAUUGAUCCCAUGACUCACAACCUAAACAGAAUAUUGAUAGAUAAUGGCUACCAACCAGAGUGGAUUCUGAUGCAGAAGGAAAUCAAGGAUACCAUCGAGCAACUUCGAGAAGCACUUUUAGUGUCUAGGAAGAAGCUCGGUAACCCGCUGACACCCGGGGGCCAGAAACAGUGGAACCAAGUGUGUGAGCAGUUUCAAGAAGACAUCCGGAAGCUAAACAAGCGGAUCAGUGACUUCAACCUGAUUGUUCCCAUUCUAACCAGGCAGAAAGUCCAUUUUGAUGCCCAGAAAGAAGUGACCAGAGUCCAGAAAAUGUAUGAGGCCUUCACAGAAGCAAAAGAAAUCACAGACGAAAACCCAGCUGACAUUAACCAGGAAGAAGAGAAAACCCCCGGAGUCAAGACGGGCUUUCUAAACUGGGUGAAUCUGUGGAAAUUCAUUAAAAUUUGACCCUUUUGAUGUUCACGGUCAUUUACUGCUCUGGUCAGUUUUGAGUUGCCCUGACACCAGAUGUAGAACCUGAUUGUUAUGCCUCAGGGACUCAAGAAUUGUGUGCCUUUGUAGUUUUCAGAGAACUAAUCAUACCCCUUUGUAGUUUUCAGAGAACUAAUCAAACCGCAAGAAACCAAGUCGAGAGAAAAUUCAGUCAGUAUUGCUAUAAGGAUGUAGCAAGAAAAAGAUCCUGCUAAAGGAAAGGUCAAUCCGUCAGGCGAUGGGUAGGACUGAGACUCAGAUCUGUGACCCACACAGGGCAUUCCUGAAGCCUCGGUGCUCUUUGAAACUCUAGGGACUUAAAGGUUGACAUUUUUUCCCCCAGUUUUUCUUUUUGGUUUUUCGAGACAGGGUUUCUCUGUGUAGCUUUGCGCCUUUCCUGGAGCUCACUCAGUAGCCCAGGCUGGCCUCGAACUCACAGAGAUCCACCUGCCUCUGCCUCCAGAGUGUUGGGAUUAAAAGUGUGAGCCACCACCGCCCGGCAAGGUUGACAUUUCUAAACAUAGGUAUUUAAACAACAAAACCAAAAGAUGUAUUUUUGAAACACAAAACUGAAGAAGUUCUAAGUUGUAAUGAGAUUUAACCAACUAAAGUCUCCAAAUGAAAUUUAAUAAUCUCAAGAAAAAAAAAGGGGGGGGGGAGCUGGAGAAAAAGCCCCUGGGGGGUUAAGAGUGCAUGCUCCUUGCUGCCCUUGCAGAGGACCAGAGUUCAAUUCCCAGCACCCAUUUCAGAAGGCUCACAACUGCCUGGAACUCGAGCUGCAGGGAUCCAGUGCCCUCUUCAGGCCUCUGCUGGCACCUGCAUGUGUGUGCACAGGGCACACGCACGAGCGCGCGCACACACACACAGAUAUACACACACAUAAAUAAUAAAUUAAAAAUCUCCAGCUGACAGGUGCUUUUUGUAGUUUGCUACUGUGUAUCCUGAGCUUAUUCAAGCUCCAAACUGUUGAAAGGCUUUUGGAGAUCUGCUGGAUAGACGAUCAUUGAAGGUCAGGAAAUAGCAUAUUGGGACUCUUGCACUUAAAAAGUCCUUCCCUGUGGGCACUGGACAAAGAAAACACUGAGCAAGUACAUGGGCUAACCUUUAGGAUCCAUUGGCUAGAGAAGUUAAUCGGUUAAGCUAGUUGAUUAAAAAGUUCUAAGAAUAGCCAGGCGGUGGUGGUUCACGCCUUUAAUCCCAGCACUCGGGAGGCAGAGGCAGGUGGAUCUCUGUGAGUUCGAGGCCAGCCUGGACUACCAAGUGAGUUCCAGGAAAGGCGCAAAGCUACACAGAGAAACCCUGUCUCGAAAAACCAAAAAAAAAAAAAAAAAAAAAAAAAAAAGUUCUGAGAAUAGGUUUCAAUGCUAAAGAGUCUGAAUAUAUUUUUGUAACUUUCAGAGGGGGCAAAUGUCCCUAAGGUCAAUGCAAAGGUAAGGGUUCACAUCUAGUUUGUUCUCUGAUCACAAGUUGAAAUGCUCGGUUUCCACCAACUUUCCUUAAGCCCCACAGUGUCCUAAACCAGACUCCCCAGAGACUUUCAGCAACGUAAGAACCCUUAGUUACUGUCUUGGGGACCCAGCUUCCCAUCUUGGGGACCCUUUGAUAAUGAGGUAUCUGAAGUUUGUUCCUUGCCAUCUUUGGCAAGUGACGGACUGACAAGAUUGUUUAUUGUUCCUGUCUCCUUAGAAAACCUGGGGCUCUCGGGCGUGGCUAGUUGCUUUUGAGCACAGUAUUGGGUACCUAGGAGGAUGCCGAGGCAGGUGGAGAGGAACCAGUCCAUCUCCAGAGAGCAGAGAGGUGGGAUUCGGAAGAACGGCUCCCAACGCUGAUUUGGGGCCAACAAAUCAUUCUGGAAAGAUUGUAACGAUUAAAACAAACCUACAUCCUCAGAAGGAAGAUGGGGCCUUUCUGCUUCAAUGAUCAGCCACUAGUUGGCACAAUAUGUGAUUUCUUUCUUUUAGUUGGAGUUAUUUGGCUUCUAAGAUGAUAGUAAUAAAUAUAUAUAUACAUACAUAUAUACAUAUAUAUGUAUAUAUAUUACUAUAAAUGAAAUUGUCAACAUGAAAUAUGGCUUUGUGAUAAGAGCUAUGGUUCUAGAUUUUUUUUUUUUUUUUUUUUUUUUUGAGACAGGGUUUCUCUGUGUAGCUUUGGCGCCUGUCCUGGAUCUCACUCUGCAGACCAGACUGGCCUGGAACUCACAGAGAUCCGCCUGCCUCUGCCUCCCGAAUGCUGUGAUUAAAGGCGUGCGCCACCACUGCCCGGCCUAGUUCCAGAAUAUUUUAGAAGCCUGUUUUUCUGUGACUCUUGUUAAAAAAUCGAGUUUGGAGUAAACAUGACUGAAAUAAUUUUCAGCACUGUCCAUGAGAAAGUGAAUUUACAAGAGAACUAUUCUAGCCCCGUUCACUUUGUUCACCAGUGUCUAUAUUAAUAAAGUUACGUGAAUGAUCA